AUGGCAGCAUUUCAAAAAAGUGAUAUGUUUUCUCCAGCACCUUUUUGGCAUAAUGGACCAGCUCCAGGAGCUAUUUACAACUUUCCUGGUAGAUUGAUCAAUGCUGAACUUAGUGGCAUUCAAAGAUCCCAAUCUCCAGUAACAACUGGUACUUCAGUUGUUGGCAUACAAUUUAAAGAUGGUGUAAUGAUUGCCGCUGAUAUUCUUGCAUCUUAUGGAUCAUUGGCAAGAUACAGAAGCGUUAAAAGAGUAAUGAAAGUCAAUUCUAACAUUGUACUAGGUGCUGGAGGUGAUUACGCUGAUUUUCAGUAUAUUGAAAAUAUUAUUAAACAAAAAAUCCUGGAAGAAAAUUGUUUAGACGAUGGAUUUACACUCAAACCAAAAUCUCUUCACUGCUGGUUGACUCGUGUAUUGUACAAUCAAAGAUCCAAGUUUAAUCCUCUCUGGAAUAACUUCAUCAUUGCUGGAAUUGAAGAUGGAAAACCGUUCAUGGGAACUGUAGAUAAACUAGGUACAGCUUAUGUUGAUCCAGUCAUUGCAACUGGUUAUGGUUCCUACAUGGCUACACCGUUACUUCGCAAAGCCUGGGAAGCUAACAAAGAAAUGACUGAAAAAGAAGCUGCUGCAUUACUUCAUAAAUGCAUGGAAGUACUUUACAUGAGAGACGCUCGAUCAUUCCCUAAAUAUGAACUGGGCAUUAUCACAAAAGAAAGAGGUGUUGAAAUAAGAGGACCAAUUGAUAAUAAAGGUUUCUGGGAAGUUGCUACGAUGGAUAAACCAAUAGAAUAUGAAUCUUAA